AUGACUGAAAUUCUCAACAUCGGAAGCGAGCCGGUCUUUGACGAUCGCAUCGUCAAGAUCGAGACUCACACGUACAACACAACGUUUGAUUAUAGCGACGAGAUACGAAUACCCAUACAACAGCAGGAUUUGUAUACGUUGCCGUGCGAAAGUUUUCUUUACAUCGAACGAACAUUGACGGUGACCAGAGCAGCCGACCAAGUCGAUAAUGUGGUAUUGCGUACUAAUUGCGUCGCGUUUAUGUUCGAUGAGAUUCGAUACGAGCUCGACGGUAUGGAGAUUGAUCGUUGCAGAAACGUAGGAAUAACCAGCACGCUCAAGAACUACGUUACGGUAUCGUCCGACAGAAGCGUGAUCCUGCGAAACGCGGGCUGGGAACCACAUAAUAAUCCGAACGGAUAUUUCAAUUUCUGCGUACCGCUCAACUUGUUACUGGGAUUUUGCGAGGAUUACAAACGCGUGGUGAUCAACGCUCGUCACGAAUUGAUCUUGAUACGAGCGCGCAACGACAACAAUUCCCUGGUGGGAAGUCUCGCGUUGGAGCCUACUAUCAAAAUACUCAAGAUACAAUGGCGAAUGCCUCACGUGGUAUUGAACGAGAUCAACAAGCUGUCGAUGCUGCGCGCCUUGGAAGACGGACGGUAUCUAAGUAUGGGUUUCCGUUCGUGGGAUCUGUACGAGUAUCCCCUAUUGCAGAACACGACCAAGCACUCGUGGGCCAUUAAGACCGCGACUCAGCUCGAGAAACCGCGAUACGUCGUCUUCGCUCUGCAGACGGGUCGGAAGAAUGUCAUGUCCGCCGACACAAGCCGAUUCGACGACUGCAACUUGACCAAC